AUGGAUCAACUGGGAAAUAAACCUCCUUCUUCUUCAACCAAGGUUGAAAGAAGGGUCAUAGAGAAAAGCAGAAGAAACCAUAUGAAGAUGCUUUACUCCAAACUCAAUUCUCUUCUUCCUAACUAUAACCCCAAGUUGUUGCAGGAAGCGUUACCAUUAAUUGACCAAGUAGAUGAGGCAAUCAAAUACAUAAAGAUCCUAGAAGGGAAGGUGAAGAUGGCUCAAGAGAAGAAAGAGAGCUUAGGGGAAAAGAAGAGAUCACGUAGUUGCUGCUCUAGUUCUUCUGCUACAACUAGCUGCCCAAAAUCGCCACAGCUUGAAGUUCACGAAAUGGGUUCUUGUCUAGAACUUGUUCUGACUUGUGGGUUAGAAACCCGGUUCAUUUUCUAUGAAAUCAUUCGCAUACUUCAUGAAGAGAACAUAGAGGUCAAGACUUCUGCCAAUUCCUCACUGGCCGGAGAUUCAAUGCUUCAUGUUGUGCAUGCUGAGAUUCCUCAAUCUUAUCUUCAGUUUGGAGUGACCAAAGUAAGCGAGAGAUUGAAGAAGUUUGUGAAUGUAUCGUCAAGUGAUAUGAAAAUACCGCUCGAUUGGAGGGAUUUUGAAAUCGAUACUAAUUUGUGGGGCUUCUAG